CCCGCCCCGCCCCUUGUCCCUUAGCCCCGCGUCGCCAGGCCUUAGAGCAGUGCGGGCGGCUGGCUGCCCGGGUGUCUCUCGCUGACCGCUGCUGAGGCCUGUCGCAGUUGAGCUCGGGCUCCUUUGCUGAGCCACCAUGUCGCAGAGCGGGGAAGAAAACCUGCAGGGCUCCUGGGUAGAACUGCACUUCAGCAAUGGGAAUGGGAGCAGUGUUCCAGCCUCCGUCUCUAUUUAUAAUGGUGACAUGGAAAAAAUACUGCUGGAUGCCCAGCAUGAAUCUGGACGAAGUAGCUCCAAGAGUUCUCACUGUGAUAGCCCACCUCGCUCCCAGACACCACAAGAUACCAGCAGAGCUGAAGUAGACACCCACAGCUUUGGAGAGAAGAACAGCACUCUGUCUGAGGAAGAUUAUAUCGAGAGAAGAAGAGAAGUUGAAAGUAUCUUGAAGAAAAACUCAGAUUGGAUAUGGGAUUGGUCAAGUCGGCCAGAAAAUAUCCCCCCCAAGGAGUUCCUUUUUAAACACCCAAAGCGCACAGCUACUCUCAGCAUGAGAAACACAAGCGUUAUGAAGAAAGGGGGCAUUUUCUCAGCAGACUUUCUGAAGGUUUUUCUUCCAUCUCUGUUGCUGUCUCAUCUGCUGGCCAUUGGAUUGGGGAUCUAUAUUGGAAGGCGUCUGACAACUUCCACUAGCACCUUUUGAUGAAGAAAUGGAUCUGACUUCUGUUCACAGUGAGGACUCAUGCCUGAGCUGUGAUAGCUAACUGAGGAGCUAGCAUGAUCCUUGGGUGUCUGCACUAUGUGUGUUUAUUUGUUCUGUAAAUGCUGUGUUCCCUAUUUAGUGAGACAGAAUAGACUAAUAUCAUGACCUAUAAUUAUACCUAAGGGAUCAAUUAAUAAGCAUGUCAGACUGAUGCCUAUUGUAGCAUUUAUUAGUAAAUUUCUUUGAAUAUUAGAUAUAAAUAGUAUAAAUAAUUUUAAUAUAGUAGUAAUGAUGUAUUUAAAAAUGAUCUGUGGGGGGAGAAGAUCUAUAAUUGUAAUUCUGUUAAGAUACUUUAUACUUCAAAAGAAUGAGUGAUAUUAAAAUCAUUAAAGGGUUUGUCCCAAAGGAAUAUUGUGGCCUUAUAAUCCUAUUACAUAGUAGAAAAUGCUACAUGGUUAAUUAAAGGGUGUGGGUUAUCUGUAAAGGCCUCUUACUAUAUGAAUUAAAGUAGCAAGUAGGAGCUAAGGUUACCCACGGCCACACUCUGCAGUCCUCCUCCCUCCUUGCUUUGCAGGAUGCGGAUUCCAGCCUUGCUGUCCGCCAUUUCCUGGGGUGCUCAGUUUUGUUGCAGGCACCUUCAUCUCUGCUGGAUUUAAUCCUUUGUUUGUACUUAACUUUUGUGUGCUCUUAAAAUCAGCUGUAUUGUAAGGAAAUCUGUCUACUUUAAAAGACUGGAAAUGAAAAAAAUAAAAAUAAAUCUUUGCCAAAUCCUUUGGAGAUUA